AUGUCUCAAACAAUUUCCCAAGAUCCCCUGUAUCGCUCGAGAGCAGAAAUUGUUUUGGAAGUAACUUUCGCCAUUCUGGUUUGCCUCGCUUCCGUACUAGGUAAUGUGCUGGUUGUUUAUGUUGUAAAUAAAUACUCUGAGAUGCAAACCAUCCCCAACAUUCUCAUUCGCAAUCUCGCACUGACUGAUAUUAUCAUGGCGACCCUUAACAUGCCGUUCUGGAUAACGAGCGUGUGCUCGGGAAAAUGGAAUUUGAGCCAGCAAUGGUGUGAAGUCUCCGCAUCGGUACAACAAACUAUAGUUUUGGCCUCCUUACUCACUAUGGGCUUAAUUGCCAUGAACAGAUACAUGAAAGUCGUCAAGCGAACCUUAUAUAUCAAGUUUUUCCCCAGUAAAAGAGUUGCCUGGUUGUACUUUGGUUUCGUCUGGCUGGUUUCUGUGCUAUUCGCCACACCUCCAUUGUAUGGAUGGGGAAAAAUAAAAUUUGACUCACAUUUUUUACUGUGCUCAUUCAACUGGAAGGAAGGACACUUUUCUUUUGUCAUUCUGCUUGCAGGGUUUUUCGACGUGAUAAUGUUUGCAAUAUUUUACUUCUAUUGGCAAAUUUACCAAACGGUGAAAGAAAGCACAGAUAAUGUCAACGCUAAUGUUGCACAAAAUGGCGUCGGCGCACCAAGGUUCCAUCGUACUGACAUCGAUGUUUUGAAGACUUGUUUCACAGUGGUUUGUUUCUUUUUAAUUACAUGGUUUCCUAUAGCCUUGUGCGCUUUUAUAAUAGCUAAUGGAGGCUACAUUCCACGUGAAGUGGCUAAGGUGGCUGUGUAUUUGUUGUUCUCCAGUAGUGUUGUAAAUCCAAUCAUCUAUGGGAUAAUGAAUCCGCAGUUUAAACAGGCCUUCAAAAAAGUAUUCCGUUGUGGUCGUUAUGGCAACAGUAAUGAAGAUCAGAGUCAUGCAAGAGUUGCAGCUGUCAUAAUACAUCCGAAGGGCAAUUAA